GAGCCCAUCGCCCAUUCGAGGGAGAACACAGAUGACAUCAACCCAUCAUUUCUCUUCUUCUUCUUCUUCUUCUAUCUAUCCUUCGUAGGCACUGACUUCUUUUGCCAGGGUGUCGCAGAGAGAGGCAGAGAGCAGCAAGUGGCAAAGCAGUAGCAGAUGCCCCAUGGCGAUAACAUCAUAUCCUAUGAUCUCACUACCUCCACCACAUCUUCUCUCCGUUACCAAGACCAAACCCCCUCACUCUUGUAUUCACAACCACAACAAAGCUUUAACUCUCACCUCCCCUCUCUCCUUAUCCAAUCCUCUACCAUCAAAAAGAACUGUUCUUUAUAAACAAGAAAUUCAUCGCAGGAGCACCCAAAUUUGGAAAAUUAAAGCAACCCCUGAAGAGGUCUUGCCUUCAGAUACAACCCCACUGGAGAGUACCCAGCAGAUGUUGUCCACCACUAAUGAUGAUGGAGUUGGCACUAUCAUAUCAGCCCUUCUUUUCGUUGCCUUUGCUGCUCUAUCCAUUCUCACUAUUGGGAUAAUCUACUUAGGAGUAACAGAUUUCUUGCAGAAGAGGGAGACAGAUAAGCUUCAGAAGGAAGAGGAAUCUAAGAAGAAGAAGAGAGUGAAGAAAAGAAAGGUGAGAGCAAGGUCUGGGCCAAGAGGAUUUGGGCAGAAGAUCAAUGAAGAUGAUGAAUUUGAUGAUUAGCACAUGUAUAAUGUAAGCUUGACUAGUCUUUUGUAAACUCCAAUUUUGCAACAUUGAAGAUAUUGGAGCUUUUCUUGAUUCUUUCUAUACACGGUGACUUAUGCCA